UUAUUUUUUUUGGAAAAAAAAGGGACAAGUAUUUUAUUUUAUUUAUCCCCUGGGUGGCUCCGCCCGUUGGCUUUUUGUCCCUAUAUCAAGCAUUCAUCGAGCAAAGGCCACAAGGGAACACAGAGGGUGAAAGAAAGAGAGCAAUGGAAAGAAUACGGCAUAAGAUGGUGAAUGUCAAUGGUAUAUCGAUGCAUGUAGCUGAAAAAGGAGAAGGGCCGGUUAUCCUCUUCCUUCAUGGCUUCCCGGAACUAUGGUACACUUGGAGGCAUCAAAUUAUUGCACUAAGCUCACUCGGCUACCACGCUGUUGCCCCAGAUCUCCGUGGCUAUGGUGAUACCGAAGCUCCCACUGCUAUCAGUAGCUACUCUUGCAUGCAGAUCGUUGGUGACCUCGUUGCACUCAUUGACUCUCUUGGUGUAGAGCAGGUCUUUCUGGUUGCUCAUGAUUGGGGUGCCAUUAUUGGAUGGUACCUUUGCUUGUUUCGUCCCGAUAGAGUCAAAGCUUUUGUGUGCCUCAGCGUUCCGUUCAUGCCAAGAAAACCACAGAUGAAGCCUGUUGAGAGCAUGAGACUUUUCUUUGGAGAUGAUUACUAUAUUUGCAGAUUCCAGGAACCUGGAAAGAUCGAAGCAGAGAUAGCUCGUUAUGGAGCUUCAAAUGUGCUAAAGAAAAUCAUUUCGAGUCGAAAACCAGGUCCCCCUUGCAUGCCUAAAGAUAAUGCUUUUGGUAUCAAACCAGAUACCCCUAUUACCUUACCAUCUUGGUUCUCUGAAGAAGAUCUUAGUUAUUAUGCCAACAAAUUCAAUAAAAAAGGCUUCACUGGGGCUCUUAACUACUACAGAGCUUUUGAUUUAAACUGGGAGCAGACAGCACCAUGGACUAACACACAAGUGAAAGUACCUGUGAAGUUCAUUGUGGGGGAUCUUGACAGCGUUUAUACCACACCAGGGAUGAAGGAAUAUGUUAAUGGUGGAGAUUUCAAAAGAGAUGCGCCCAUGUUGGAAGAAGUUGUGAUAAUGAAGGGCGUUGGUCAUUUCAUCAACCAAGAAAGAGCUGAUGAAAUCAACUCACACAUUCAUGAUUUCAUCAAAAAUUUCUGAUCUGCUCUGUUUUAUCUCUACGCUCAAAGCUGCUUUGUUUCUCUUUUGAGUUUUAUUAAUGUGAUUUCUCAUGUUAGAUUCUAUGAACCAAGUUUGAACUUUAAGAAAUCAUAAAAAAGUGCUUGAAGAAUAAUUCAGACAAAGAAUUCCAUGUUUGAGUAAAAUAUAACAUUAAAACGCUUAAACAUGCUCCACUUCGUAGCAUAAGAAAGGUUCAUCCUCAAACAAGCUAUUAAACAAUCCAUGAAUAAGAUGCAAACAUAAGCAAGUAAACAACUGAAAGAGAAAACCUAAAUAACAAACAGGCCUCAAAAUCAAGUAGUGAAGUAAUAUUAAACUCUAAAUCCCUUGCUGUUCCUUCUUCCUCUAGCCCUCUCAUACUUCCUUCCCUUC